AUGAUGCACCAGCCGUUGACAAGCUCGUGCCCAUCGACCUCGGAGGGGCAUGUCAAAGCCCCGGCGAUUCAUUUUCCUGACGGCACCGUCAAGCAAUCUACUCUACUCCGGUCUCCGACCGUCCAUCGGAAUGGACAUGUCAACCUAGACACAUUCUCACCGGUUAAUGAAAACGGAAGCUUCGAAUUCGAUCGUGUCUUGAAAACUGGGAAGGUGCAUCGUCGGGUCAAACAUAAACAUGCAUUCAGGGCCUCCUGGAAACAAGCCUAUCUCGUUCUCCGCCCGAAUCUGUUAUCAGUCUACAAAGAUGAGGAAGCAACAAGGUUGCGACUAUCCAUUACUCUAUCAGAAGCUCUGUCGGAGAAAGAUGCGCAGGAUUGGAUCGAGCGCAUUCGUGCCGAAACUCGCAUGGACGAGGAGGAGGAGGCGUUUCUGGCCCUUUCCAUGAAAGGAAACAAUACAGCGUCUAGCAAACAGCGGAUUGAUGAUACCACUGAUUUUUCGGAUAUUGAGCAUAUGGGAAGGGCCAGCUCGCCUGAAUUCGGACGAGCAAGCUCCCCUGGAGGACGUCUCACUGCCCACCAAAAUUUCUCGGGACAUGACAUUACAUCUUACUCAGAAUGGUCCGAUGGACCAGCGAGCAACUCCAGUGCUCGCCCCGUUUCAAGAACUUCAACAAUUCCUCACUUAUCUGUGUCUACUCCACCGAGUGCACAGCCCGUCUCUGCGCGCGAUACAGAUCGGACUCAGGAAUCAGGUGCUCGACGUGACCCGGAGAGAGUUAUCUGUAAUGGUUAUCUUCAAUGUCUUCGCAUCAAGGGAGGAGUCCGCCAAUGGAAACGACUAUGGGUUGUCUUGCGUCCAAAGAGCCUUGGUUUCUAUAAGGAUGAACAGGAGUAUUCCGCCGUCAAGAUCCUUCCCAUGGACCAGGUAUUCGAUGCCGCGGAAAUUGACCCAAUAUCCCGUUCAAAACUCUACUGUCUCCAAGUCAUCGCAGAGGAAAAAUCAUAUCGUCUAUGCACAGACAAUGAAGAAUCCUUAGCAAAGUGGCUAGGGUCCCUAAAGAGCGUUUUAGUCGCUCGCAAGAAACUUGACUCAGAGACUGCGCCAGGAGUGGCGGCGGCGGCAGCAGCCUGA